ACAGGAAAAAGAUAACGAAAGAUGAGGAGGAUACGAUGAAGGCGACGAGAAAGCAGAGAAGGGGAAAUAGAGAAGUGUAUUGCGUGGCGAGCACGCAUGCACUUUUGGCGCCAGCUCUAAUUGCGACGGUGAAGCUGUAGCGAGGUUCCUACCAUAAAAGCUAGUCAGUUUGCCGCUUAGUGUUACCGGAAGAAAAUCUCUCCAGCGCUCUCUGUCUUGGGAACACGGUGACGCGAAUCGAUGUUGCCCACGAUUCUGAUACUUUCCGCUCUGUUGCUCUCGUUGAUACCAGGAUCAACGGGGGACGGACAGCGGAUGGGUUACAUUUCGACGUUGCAACAAACUCUCCAAUAUUGGUGGAAAAUAUACAAGAAGUACAACGAGGAGGUGACUCUCGGUUCCUGUUGGGCGAGCUAUUUGUUCAAGAAAAGCACCGAAUUGUCGAAGAAUCAACCCGUCCUCCCGAAGGGUUGCUACAUGGAAUGCCCGCAAAAUCCAUUUCCGCAAAUCGUAACAGCCAAUGCGACAACGCCAUCCAAAGAAACGCGAAAAGGAAAACAUCCAAGGGAAGGACGAUUGUAUGCAUCGGCGAGAUCCACUAUUUCCAAGUUCACAAAUGAUCCUGACAGACGUGGUGUAGCUUCACGAACGAGAAUAAUUCGAAAGCCAAAGCAAUGGACAGUGGAUAAAAUUGAAAGAGUUUUACGAGCUAUAUCAAAUAAUUAUACGGAACGAAAUAAAAUUGAUGAAAAUGAAAGGAUUGUGGGGAUGAUCGGUUCUCACAUAAAGAGAAGACGGCGGACCCUCCGGAUCGUGCCGGAACUUUUGCGCCGACUGGAGGCUCCACGAGGAAGCGGUCACGAGUUUUCAUCUCGAGGGACCAGUUCGCACGCCGUUAAUCCGACGCCUAAUCCCAAGGACGAUGACAAAGUCGAUUCCGGAUCGACAGACUUCAGGGAGAAGGAUUCGCGUCGUAAAGUUUUACGUUCGCUGACGAGCCAUCGUGACUCCUACGUCGAGGACGUUUUCGCGUCGCGUUCAUUUUCACUCAAAGAUGCCCGUGGAGAAUCGCUCGACGGCCGACGGUUUCCCUUUCAACGGCACUCGUCGUCACGAGAAAGAAAUUCGAGAGUCGACGACAUGCCAUCGUAUCCCUGGGUGCCGCGGGAAGAUCACGGAAUCGAGGAGGGAGAUCCCGCAGGACGGCGAGCCCCUUCGAACAACGAUGGAAGUUCGUCGUCGCGUUCGCAGUUCCGAGAAGUAAACGCGGAGUAUCCUCGUAUGAGUGUCGUAAAAUUGAUGGAUUCUGAGGGAAAUUCGUCGUGCGAACCGACGAUAAAUCCGAAGACGCUACGUCGGAAGCCCGAGGAAUUAUCUCGCGAUUCGCUUUUAUCGCCGCGCGAAAGAAUCGCCGGGCGAUCGCUUCUCGAGUCUCGAGGAAGCGGAGGAGAGGAUUUUAAGAGGCACGAGCUCUUGCAAUUCAAAAUAGCCAAAGAAAGCGACACGAAGAAGCCACGCUGUCAGCAGCCGAGGGAAAAGAGGAGCUCGAGGAGCGGUAGGGACGUUUCAACGACAACGAUACAUCCGACCUCUUUGUCGGAGCUCGAGCGCUCGCACCAGCGAAUGCUUUACGAAAAACGAUCUUCCCUCGCUCCGGCAAUUCCGCAAAAAUCGAAGCGGGAUGACCACCUCGUUCGAGCCACGAGUAGCGUUCCUUCAUUAGUUGGACAAUUUAUUGGAAUUUACGAGAACUUGACAAACCAAUCGACUCAACAUUCAAAAGCAAUCACCUUGCGAGCUUCUCAGAACCAAGAUAAUUUAUCUCUGCAAUUAUCCCAGCAGUCGUCUACAGCUAUCUCAAGUCCAUAUACCUUUGUUAUCAGUAUUUUUAGAAUCCUGGGAAGGGUCGCUCAGAUAGGUCGACGGAUCAUAGAUGCCGUAGAAAUGAACGAGGGUCUUGUCUGUACGAAAGAAUACUUGUGGACUAAAAUUAUUAAGUGGAUAGACCCGGAGUCUUAUGUAAACGCAUAAAGUCCAAAAUAUGCUAAGCUGUUUAUUCAAAGCUGCGGCUUCUGUUCUUGUGGAAGCCGCGCCUGUAAAGGAUUUGUAUGUAAAAGUUUUUUUUACUGGAUCCAAUGCUAAAAUUAACGAAUUCAAAGCCAUGGAAUUGAUGUAAUAUAGACGAUAAAAAUAAAAUCAAUCGUUUAAAUUACCUGUAGCACCAUAUUUAACAAUUCUAUAAAUAUCCUAUUAACCGUAGCCGGCGCAAAAAGUUCUUUUUGAGGACUGAAAAUCCUAACAAUAUAAAAGAAGGAAGAGGAUAAUGAAAUAUUAUUUUGUUCUUUAAAAUAACUUUGGUAGUAAAUAUUAACGUGACACAGUUCUCAUCAACACCAGUUUACUAGUCAUAGAGUUCUACCAAUCCUAUAGAUAUUAUAGAAGUUUAUAUAUAGGGUGAGUUUUAAUUCCUGUGCCAACGUUUUACUAUAAGAAAUAUCUUACCGACUGCAACUGCAGAUUCACUCUGUAUGUGUUCACAUGUACACAUACAUACAGAGUGAAUCUACAGUUGCAAUCGGUAAGUCAUCUCUUAUAGUAAAACAAUGACACAGGAAUUAAAACUCACGCUGUAUAGUGCAAACGUAAUAUACAAUUUACUGAAAAGGAAAAAGAGGAUGCGUUUGUGAGAUAGCAGGGGAAUCGUGGAAUAUUAAUUAAUAUUAUAAAAAAACAAUUUUAAUUAUCAAAAAAAUCACUAAUUAAUGCUUUGUAGAUCUUACCAUAAAAUAAAAUUUUAUGAACAUUUUGUAAAAUAUAUUUUAUUUAAAAAAAAAUUCUUUUUAACAAUUUCUUUGCUGCUAGUAAGCAUUAUGUAACGUCCAUUGUGAGGUCGUAAAGUCGCAAGA